GUUUGCUGUGCAUCCCGAAGCCCUGCCUUCUGAGAUGUAGGCAGCCUCGUGCAGGAUCCCAGCCCACUUAUGUGCUCGGCUCGGUUCCGAAAGCUGUCACAUGGGUCCAAGGAAGGAAACAAUCGCUUCCUGAAAUGAUUGUCGUCGCUGUCUGCAUGUCUCGCUGCUUUUACCUCCUCCUCCUCUCAUCUCAGCCGUAACAUCACAACAUCGUGUGUGAUAUUUUUAUUCAUUUCCUUUCUGAUCUUUUGUUUUUGUUUUAUUUUGGGGGCUCGAGGGGUUCGGUUCGGUCCCGCUGAUGAUGAUCAGCAAAGUUAAGAACGCGAUGUCCAACCUGGUCGGGGGAAUGAUGCCGCACGGACACCACCACCACAACCAUCAUCCAGGUGGAGGACAGACCUGUGGCCAGGAAAGCCUCCCGCCUCGCUUCCCCUACGGCCGGCCGGAUUUCUUGGACCUCACCCCGGAGCUCUUGCAGUACUCCACCGAGCACGCGUCACGGCCGGUGCUCGCGCUGAAGAGGGGCAGCAGGCUUCCCUGGCAGACCGGAUACGCAGAGGUGAUCAAUGCGGGAAAGAGCAUGCUGAAUGAGGACCAGGCCUCGUGUGAGAAACUAUUUGUGAGGAAGCCGAGCGGCAAACACAGAAACUCCACAAUGGUAGACGACAGCGGGGAUGGCACAGGAAUCCCUCUCCAAUUCUGGGGGGUGUUUGAUGGACAUGCAGGCUCCGGCGCCGCCAUCAUGGCCUCCAAGCUGCUGCACCGUCUCAUCAGAGAUGGACUUGGGGAGAUCUGCCACCUCCUGGAGAAUCCCAGCAGUCCACCUCCUAUUUGCUUGGCCAAAAAUGGGAGCCCAUACCAAGCGGAGGCGAAGAAGGGAGCCACGCAGGAAUCCGAAGACCCAGAUGCUGUCUGCGACUCCUCAGUACGCUUCCACAUGGAGAAAGUUGUUAGUUUGGAGAGCCUGAUCAUGGGGGUCAUCGAGACCGCCUUCAAACAGAUGGAUGACCUCAUUGAGAAGGAGAAGACUUCCUAUGCCAUUUCCGGUGGCUGCUGUGCCUUAGCUGUCAUUCAUUUAAUGGGGAAACUCUACGUAGCCAAUGCUGGAGAUAGCAGGGCCAUAAUCAUACGAAAUAACGAAGCCAUUCCAAUGACUAAUGAAUUCACACCUGAGUCAGAAAGGCAGCGGUUACAAUAUCUGGGCUUCCUGAGGCCAGAACUCCUGGGAAAUGAGUUCACUCACAUUGAGUUUCCUCGUAGGAUCCAGCACAGCGAAUUAGGCAAGAAGAUGCUCUACAGAGACCACACCAUGACUGGCUGGGCCUAUAAGACAAUCGUAGAAGAUGAUCUAAAAUUCCCACUGAUAUACGGAGAGGGGAAAAAGGCACGUGUAAUGGCAACAAUCGGAGUGACCCGAGGGCUUGGAGAUCACGACCUGAAGGUGUACAACUCCAACAUUUACAUCAAGCCCUUCCUGUCGUGUGUCCCUGAGGUAAAGGUUUAUAACCUGGGUGAAAAUAAACAUGGACCAGAUGACGUCUUGGUCAUGGGCACAGAUGGACUGUGGGACGUAACAACGGACGGGGACGUGGCAGACGCUGUGUCGGCUUACUUGGCGAGCUGUGACCCUUCUGACCCCAUGAGAUACACCCUGGCGGCACAGGACCUUCUGAUGAGGUCACGAGGUGUGCUGAAAGAGCGUGGCUGGCGGCUCCCCAACGAUAAACUGGGCUCUGGCGAUGACAUCACUGUGUUUGUGGUUCCCCUGGCAGGGCUCGAGUCAGAGACUUGAUGGGUUCUGUUGUAGCAAUGGCUAUGACAGGACUAAUGUUAUAGGGUCCCUCUCAAGGUCACUCCAAGCUCCCCAAACCCUGAAAGGAUGAGGCGGUGAGGCAGAAAGGCGUCUUUUGUUUUGGGGGGUGACGAUUUGGGUCUAAGCAGCACCUUAAUUAUCUUUUUCAGACCCACUUCCUUCAUUAUAGCUCGACCCAGGAUCAGUCUCCCAUCACAUCUGGUUUUGUUUAAAAAAAACUCAGUCAGUGAAUUUGUUUUCUCUCACAAAUCUGCAGAUAAUCCUUGUAAUAUAUUAUUUCAUGUUCAUGUUCAAAGCUGGGUUGUUAUUACCCACAAAAAACCUAUUCAUUAUGAUGUUUUGCUGAUGUUGUGACCCUAUUUCUACAGAAAGAAAAAAAAGCCUCCAAAAGUUUCAAAAUCAUACAUAGAAAAUGGGAUUUCUACAGAAAAUGUGAGGAAACCAAAGAAACGCUGCUGCUGGGAUGGAAAAGUAAAAGGAAGAAUCACCAGAAGAAAGGAGAUGAAUGGAUUAGUGGCGCUGAACCCACACAGGAGAUGUUUGGUCUGUUUACAGUAUUUCUGUUGAUGAUGAAUGAAAAAACGGCACCUGAUGCACCUGAAGAUUGUUGCACAUCCUCUUUUUUGUGUUAUAACCGAAUGUGCUUUUUUUCCCAGCUCAGAGACUGGUGGGUUGAACAUUAAAGAAAUUAUAACAUUUAUAUUUUAGUUUAACAUCUUUUUGGUUUUUUGCACGCAGAGGAGGAGGCACCUAUUCCAUGUCUCGCUGUUAGGUUUGUUGAAUUUCACACAUAUGCCUUAUUGAUACAUGAAAGAGACUCAAGAGUUUUCCUCUAUCAUUGCACUAAAUUAGAUUCAUGUAAAAGAGGCAAAAAAAGAUGAAACGUUGUUCUCCGUCCAGUGGACCUCAUACCUCUUUUGUACUGUUUUGUUGUUUCAUGUUAUUUAGAUCAUUCUCAUAUUUUUGAACAUCAUUUUGCUUGUAAGCAGUUACAGAAGUUUAUUUUAGGUUUAAACUCACAACUGUUGCUGUGUCCUAGAAACUGAGCCACCAAAAUGUGUGGAUGAUGUGUCCCAGUUAUGAAGUAAAAUUUUUUCCCAUUC